GGGGCUAAGAGCGAGGGUGUGGUCUACCUGGAAGAAAAACGCAACUACAGUCUCCUGGGACGACCUGGACUAGAGAGCUGCAGUGCAAGCCGUGUGACAGUUCUGCUGUUGUUGAGGUCAUGUGACCUGCUGUGUGUCGGCACCGAGGGAGGGGGCAUACACUUCCUGGAUCUGCCACGCCUCUCGUUGAGGGAUAACCAAUCACUCCUGCUGGACCAGGUGAUGCAGAGCGUACCUGAGGACUACAGGUGUGGGAAGUCUCUGGGACCGGUGGAGUCGUUACAGGAACACCCCAAGCAGCCAGGGAAGAUUCUGAUUGGCUACAGCAGAGGCCUGGUCGUCCUAUGGGAUCUCAGCACCUGCAACGCAGAACACAUGUUCCUGGGAAAACAGCAGCUGGAGUCCCUGGUGUGGGAACGUUCCGGUAGCUCCUUCGUCAGUUCCCAUAGCGACGGGGGGUACAGCGUGUGGGCUGUUGCCAGUGGUAACACGUACACACACCAGCCUGUGUCCUCGUCCAUCCCCUAUG